GGCUUAAUUUGACUCAUCACGGGAAACUUACCAGGUCCGGACAUAGUUAGGAUUGACAGAUUGAGAGCUUUUUCUUGAUUCUUCUUGUCGAGUGAUUCAAAAGGGCGUGAGCAGUCAGCUGAUGCAAAUGCUACUGGUUGUGUGUCAGACUACCAUCGAUUUUGAUGGUUGCUAUUUUUAGCACUCCGUAGCCAUGCAAGACACACUCACAAGCCAAGAAUUUGACCUAUUAGAUGAACCAUACAUUAAUUAGGCAGAGAUGAGACCCUGCUUCAUGUGUAUACCUAUCUCUCUCUAGUUGUUGUUCAUGGGGCUUGUCUCUCAAAUUGCAUCGGAAACUAUUGGUCCACUUUUGCACUGUUGUUCCAUAACCAAAGCGAUUCGAUAUGGGCUUUCCUUACAUGCUGCCGUUGUCAAAUCAGGUAUGCAAAUUGAUGUUGUUGUCUCCAAUCACAUUCUAAACAUGUACGCCAAGUGUGGGAGAAUCACGUCUGCACGCAAGGUGUUCGAUGAAAUGUCCGAGAGGAGAAACCUUGUUUCUUGGUCUGCUAUGAUAUCUGGCUAUGCCCAAUCUAAACAACCCAGAAUGGCUAUUGAGAUUUUCUCUAAGAUGACGAGGCUUCACUACUCGAAUGAAUAUGUACUUGCUAGUGCUGUUAGUGCCUGUGCUAGUCUCUUGGCUUUGACACAAGGCCAGCAAAUUCAUGCACUUUCCCUAAAAUUUAGCUACUCUGGUGUUUCUUUCGUUGCCAACUCCCUAAUCACAAUGUACAUGAAAUGUGGUCAAUGUAACGAUGCCUUGUGUGUUUUCAGUACUUUGUCUGAGCCGGACUUGGUGUCUUAUAAUGGCCUUAUUGCUGGGUUGGUAGAAAAUGAACAACCAGACAAAGGGUUUGAAGUCUACAGAGAAAUGUGCCGACAAGGUCUGCUCCCAGACCGUUUAACUUUUGUGGGCAUAUGGGGAACUUGUAGCACAACAGAGGAUUUGAGGAGAGGAAUGGCAUUGCAUUGCCAAACAAUCAAACUCAACCUUGACUCCACCCCUUUUACUGGAAAUGUUAUAAUGACAAUGUACUCGAAGUACGCCAUGAUAGAAGAAGCAGAGAAGACCUUCAGAUUGAUCAAAGAGAAAGAUGUCAUUUCAUGGAAUACAAUUAUUGCUACUUGUUGCCACUGCGAUGAUCAUGAAAAGGGUUUGAGUAUUUUCAAAGAGAUGGCCAAUGGAGAUAGUUUGUGGCUCGAUGACUUCACGUAUGCUAGUGCUCUUGCUUCAUGUGCUUGGUUGGCUUCUAUACGCCAUGGCAAGCAGAUUCAUGGUCAUCUGAUCAGAGCAAAGUUGGAUAGAGAUGUUGGUCUUGAUAAUGCGCUCCUAAACAUGUACGCUAAAUGUGGAUGCAUUGGAAACGCUUAUACUGUUUUCAGCCAAAUGGACUGCCAUAAUAUUAUAUCAUGGAAUAGUAUCAUAGCUGGAUUCGGAAAUCAUGGGCAUGGCUCAAAGGCCCUAGAAUUGUUUCAUCAAAUGAAAGAAAUUGGUUUGGAGCCAGAUUCUGUUACAUUUGUUGCAGUUCUUGUAGCAUGCAAUCAUGCAGGGCUUGUUGAUGAGGGUCAAACGUACUUCAAUUCUAUGGAUGAAAUCUAUGGGAUUGCCCCUGAAAUUGAGCAUUUAUCUUGCCUCAUAGAUAUGCUUGGACGAGCUGGGAGACUUAAGGAGGCUGAAGAGUACAUGGAAAAGUUUCUGUUUAGGCAAGAUCCAAUUGUUUUAGGGAGUAUUCUUUCUGCGUGUAGACUGCAUGGAGAUGUAUUAAUUGGGGAACGUUUGGCAAGAAACCUUCUGAAACUUCAACCUGUUACUACUUCACCCUAUGUCCUAUUGUCCAAUAUGUAUGCUUCAGAUGGGAUGUGGAAUUGUGUUGCUAAGGCUAGAAAAAUGCUGAAUGCUAGUGGAUUGAAGAAGGAGCCUGGCCAUAGUCUGAUUGAAGUGAAGGGAGUUGUUGAGAAGUUCACAAUUGGUGAUUUUUCACAUUCGAGAAUUGAAGAGAUAGUGCACGCUCUCAAGACAUUGAGCUGUGAAAGGGAUGAAGUACGUAGAUACUAUUGAUGAAGUCAUCUUAAAAAGAUACUACUGAAUAUUGAUCACUAUGCUGCUGUCAAGGGGCAUCACUUGGCGCCAUAUUGAGUUCUGUAGUUGUUGAUCCUGUGCAUAUUUGUUUGAGUCUCAGAGCAACUUCUUAUUUUCAAGUAAUGCUAAAGUUUACUAAAUUGUUUGUGAGAUGGAUGCGUCGCAACACGGGUUAAGAGCCCCUGCCAUGUCGACUUCCCAAGAUGCUGAUACAAGUAGCUCAGUUGCAAGGACAAAGCCUUCCUUUUCUGCAGAAGACAAGACACGGUGAAAAACUUCUGAGUCAUGGAUUUCCUCUAUGCUCCCCUCUCCUCUGAGGAUUUUAAUGCUGAGGUCCUGAUGUCUCACUAUUCCCAAUGUAUGUGCUAAUUGUCUAAAGAAGUCUUCAACUUUGGCUACAGAUGUGAGAGUGGAAUACAGAUGGAAAAUUUGCGUUUUUUUGCUGGUGAUUGGAGUGAAGUCCAUCAAAUACUUCCUUAUACAUGGACCAAUGAAAAAGAGCAGAACUGUUGCCCAUCGCUGGAUCAGCCUGUUGGUUAUGAUAUUAUCCUUGUGGCAGAGGCAGUUUAUUCACUAUCUGCUCUUCCCCAAUUUUAUGUGCUCAUUAUAAAGGUGUUAUGGAAGGGUGCCUGCUUGCUGAAGUAGCCGAUGGUUCCACGAAUGUAUGAGAGGUAUGCAAACUUCAUUAUAAGUAGAUUUUGAUUUCAGGUGAAGGUUGUCUCUUCAAAUUUUCAGUUAGUUUCAGUGGUAGAGCACAAAAUUGAUGCAUGCUUUCUGAUCGGACUGUAUAUUAUGGUUUACUCUAGCUCUAGAAUAACGUAAUGUUCUAGCUGAUUCACAUUUUGGAUUGGAGCAACAUGAUCCAUCUAGCUACCCUGACAUUGAAAUGUAUUUUUUCAAGUGACUAAAGUACUCUCUCUCUCUCUCUCUCUCUCUCUCUCUCUCUCUCUCUCUCUCUCUCUCAAUUUGCCAUGGAUCUCAAAUAGAGUUUGGCCUGAAAGAGUGGUUGAUAUGUGAAACCUCGGUUAACUUAUCUUUUUUUGGCUGUUGAGGUUUUAGCUGGUGUUUGUAGUCUUCGUUCUGGUAUUGUUUUCUGCUGCUGUUAGGACUCUCGCCGAUAUUCAAUUUGUCCAGGUUGCUUGGUUUGUUUAUUGAUGAAAUUACGUUACCUAAAAAGCUACAUACAUGAUAUUUUGUAGUUACCGUACAUCUAGCCUACAAUGCUACAUACAAGGUAUAUCUUGUAGUGGUAACCGUCUAGCCUUCAAUGCUACCAACAAGCUGAUGCAUCCUGCACCUACACAUACGGUGUGAGGCCGUCCAUCUGAUAAGUGAUUUAGCUAGAAAUGUGGUGUUGUUGAUCUUUUCCAUUAUGGUUUUGGUUUUGUUUUUAGUCAUACUAUUUGCCUUCAGACAAUUUCCGUACCCACCUCCUCUAGGGAAGGUGACAUAUUUAUCCCGGGACAGCAAGAGUCACAAUUAAAGUUCAUAAUAAGUCUUUGAUCUGAUCAACUGAUUGUUUGUAAAUAUACUUUAACUGUUUGCAAAGUGUUUCACUUUUGCUAUUUUUGUUCUUUUGGAAAGUUUAGAUAGCACACAAAACAAAUGUUUUAUUUUAUUUUUUUUGGUAAGUAAAACAUAUGUUUGUUUUUGGCAGAGAAAACUAAUUUUGAUACACAUUUUACCGUUACAUAGUCUAGCAGCAGGAUGAGGAUAUGUUGCUCUCUCUCUCUCUCUCUCUCUCUCUCUCUGGUAUGAAUACCAAAUAGAAGUAAACAGAAAUAACCUUUUCAGAUGUGUGAACAAAUCGUAAAUUGUCGGCUGUAUUUCUUCUGCAAAAUAGAAAGGAUAAAGCAUGAAUAAGGGGUUUGCUGUAUUUCUUCACUAAGGGCUUUGCUGAGAAGUUAGUCCACUGGACUUUUGAAUGCUGUGCAACUAAAUUACUACGUUCUCACGAAAUAUAUCCGAAAGCUGAAUUACAUAGUACCCACUUCUAUCCAUUUACUUGAUUGGAAAAACGAGAUCAACAACUGAUUUUCACGCGUGCACGCACACAAACACACACAUAAACACACACACAGAGAUCCUGGGGAAUCAUGCAUCGCUUCUACAACGGUAAUAUUUUGAGCAGCCUCUGUUAUAAGGGUUGGACUGCGGCGGGAGACAACCACCAGUCUUGCUAUAAGCUUCACCACUAGCACCACCGCGACAUACUGGCUCAUCUCUCUUUAAAGCCCCGGGCGAUAUGUACUUGGUCGCCAAGAACCUUCUGGUCACCUCCGACUCCAUUAAUAUCUCCAAAUCUGCGUUACAUUCUGCUAUCGAACCGAUGCAUUUUACAGGUGCAUCAUGGGUCGUGGUCGUCGUGACGGAGACAAAUCCGCCAUGACUUAACAGGAUAAGGAGGAAUAGAAGAAUUGAGAGUUGGGGGAAGAUCAUGGCGGAGCUCUUUUCAAUUGUUACUAUGGCUAGCUCUCUUUCUACUUUGAAGGAC